CAAUCGUUACAUAACAGCAGAAUGCAGCGCAGCACGCUACUGAAGAAAGAGGAGACAAACAACUUUACUAGUUACAGCAUCAGCGCGCCUCUGGAAAGUCAGCUUGUCAGUUACAGCAGCACGUCCCCUGAACGAUAACGAAGAGGUAACUUUAGUCUACCCAAGGAGAGCACCACACGACUCUGAAGAACACACAAGGCAGCCAUUGCUGGGAAAAUGCAGGGCCAGAGAGAGAAGAUAAUCAUAUUGAUCCUCGUUGCUGCGCUCUCUCACAGGGUGACUCAGGCAAAGGUAAUGGACAUGGUUCCUAAUGCCGUGGAUGACCAGUACACUCACUGUCGGGAGCAGAUGUUGAAGAAGGUUGUGGGAGGGGGUCUGCUGGAAGAAGAACUGAAAGGCAGUAAAGAGUAUCGUUCUGCCUGGCAGGCAAAGCCGUGUACAAAGUUAAUCCCGGGUGGCGUCAAGCAACACACAGAUGCAUUGGUGGCUUAUGGACAUGGGGGAAAUGUGUUCAGAAAGAUUUUCAACAAUGCAGUGGAGACUCAGGGUGGGAAUGUCACUGUCUAUAACGGCAACUUCCGGUUCAAAUCCCUCCACUUCCUUCUAAUGGAUGCCAUGAGGCUUUUGAAGACAGAGAACUGCAAAACUGUGUUUCGUGGCUCAAGCAAAGAGUAUGAGGCACAAGUAGGGUCAGAAGUGCGAUUUGGGAGGUUUACCUCAACCAAGGCCAAACAUUCCGACGCGGAGGAAGUUGCUUCAGACAGUGGGAUCCUUUUCAACAUCACUUCCUGCACUGUAGUCAACAUGGAUGAGUACAGUUGCGUCCCAGAAAGCAUUGAUCAGCUGAUAUCCCCAGCAGAGGUGUUUAGGGUGGCUGAGGUAAACAAUGUAAGAAAUAAAGAUCACGAGUACAGAGAGAUCGUUUUGACAAGUUCAAGGACUCACACCAUUGACAGCAUCCGCGACUGUUACCUCUUCCCCAGAUCUCCUACAAGUACGAGUCCUCCAUCAAUCAUCCCCAAAGGCUCCUCUACUCAAUGGCUUGGCAGUAGCCUGUCUGUUCUUGUGGUUGUAUCUCUCUCUAUCUCCCUGAUCACCAGGACUGAUGAUCUCUGAUAAACUAAAGUGUUGAAUGCUAAUAGAUGUGGUAAAGAAGUCAAUGGAACGCAGACCGUGGGGGAUAGAAGGACGCACAUUCAACCAAUCUAAUCUAACAAAAUAGAUAUUUGUCAAAUCGUCAUUUUUGAUGUAUUGUAACAUGCCUUGAAUGUGGUUACUAAAGUUUGAUUUGGAUCUGUCUGUUUUCACGGCAUAACAUUUAAAAGUAGUCCCAUUUCAGGUUUAGAAGUGACUGCUAAAGGCUAACUCCCAUUCGUAUAGACUGGUAGCAUAGCUAACAUAGAGAAAUCAAUGGUGGUAGUCAAAGUCUUUUUUUAACUGUAAUGCAGUUUCUUGGUGAUGAUGACAUCAACAUGUAUUCAGGUUGACAUCCAUACCAACAUUAUACUCUGAUUCUUACCUCAACAUAGUGUGAAACACACAUAAACAAUAGCCUAAAUAUAGGCUAAUUUUGCUUGUGGCCAUUGAGGAGAUUCUGGAUCUUUCCCCCACGGCAUCUUUUCCUCCAUGCGUUUCCAUGGCAUUUCCAUUGUUUUGGUCGAGUUCCAUUGACCUCUUCACUGCAUCUAUUGAAAAGGACAAACACACACACACACACACACACACACACACACACACUUGCCUGUAUGUAAUAUCAGUGCACACAGACACAUAGAUAUUCAUCAAACCCCUCUUGUCAAACCCCUCUUAGCAUAAUGAUAUUCUCUUGAAAAAUGCAUUUCUUUGCAAUUCAUUGUUUUUGUAAAAAAAAAAGAUCAUGGUGAAUAGAUAAUAUUAGAUAAGAUGUUUUAAACAAUAUGUUAUGCGUUUAGCAAAUAUUUUGGUAUCACAACAAUUGACUGUGYGUGGUGUCCAGUUUUCAUAGAUGUAAUUUAAUUUUCCUCUUGUUUUGUUAUCGAAUAAAGAAACAAGUUGAGCAUU